AUGGCGGCCCGCUCACACGCUCGCUUCCCUGCUGUGUCGUUUGUGCACCUCGGAACGGGUGCCGUACUCGCGCGCUCGUCACAGCCGUUGCUGCGGUCGCCAGCGCUGCGGCACGACGGGGGGCUUUGCCACAUGCUCACCAACAACGGCUACCACGCCCACAAUGCUGCGGCCAGGCGCGAGACGACGGCGGUGGCGGCGACGAUGCCCACUCCAACGCUCAGUGGCAGGCUGGUGCCGCCACCCUCCUUGUUCGAUAUGGGGCCCAGCGAAGCAGCACCGCGGCCAGCGGCGGCACCACCACCGAACAAGGACACGGCAUCCAACGCACGGCGGCAACGCACUCUACUCGUUUCGGACUGCCGACCAUUUGGUUCGGCCAACGCUAAUCGCAGCAUGGGUGGGGGCUACGAGAUGGGCGCCACGCACGACUUUUGUGAGGUGAAGUUCCACGGUAUCGAAAAUAUUCACAGUGUCAACAAAUCUUUUGCGAAAUUAAAGGCUCUCAUUCACCAAUUCAAUGGGAAAGAGCCGAGAAAAGGCUUUCUUGCGCAGCUGCAUGAUACAAACUGGCUAAGCCAUAUUCAGCGUGUGUUGAUGUGUUCAAAUGAGAUUGCCGAAGCACUCGAUCGCGGGGAUUCAUGCCUUGUACACUGCACCGAUGGUUGGGAUCGCACCUCGCAGUGCACGGCCACGGCGAUGCUGCUCUUGGAUCCUUUUUACCGUACUAUUGUGGGUUUCUGUGUGUUGGUGGAGAAGGAGUUUUGCUCAUUUGGACACAAGUUCGCGGAGCGGUGUGGACAUCAGGUGCUGGGCAGCACCGGCUAUGUCUCUGACGCUGGUGUGUCGGGAUCUGACACAGAGGCGCAGCCGUCCGCUGCGAAGUUGCAGCCCUCUCCCAUCUUUGUUCAGUGGAUGGAUGUUGUGUUCCAGGUGGUGCGUCAGUUCCCAAAGCACUUUGAGUUCACCCCACUGCUGUUAGAAUACCUCAGUGAGGAGGUUUAUGCCUGCCUGCAUGGUACCUUCCUCUGCAACGGGGAAAAGGAGCGUAUGUUUGAGGGGGUGCGACUUGGCACCGCGUCGAUAUGGACCGACGUCUGCCGUGCUGCUUCGAGGGAGCGGGCGGGGGAGGCGCCGCUGCGCUUCGUCAACAGUCUCUACGACUCUGAGGCGGAGUGGAAGUACAUAUCCAAGCAGAGCGGACAUGGCAUUUUACGCAUCUCACCCAACUGCAGCAGCAAGCGCAUCGUGUUUUGGGAGUCGUUUUACCUGCGGCACGAUGGAGAUAACUGCUCAACAGGUCUGCGUGACGCGUCUCGGACUGUGGUGCAGAGGGUGGCGUUCCACAGCGAGUGGGGGCGAUACUUUGAGCAGUUCGUGUUGGACUCUUGCGUGGCACGCGGGGAGGAGUUGGCGGUGAUGCGAAAACUUCUGGAGGAAGUAAAGCUGCCACUCCCGCCAGCAGCUGCAAGCUCAAUGCCGUCCAAGGGGGAUUCAAGAUCGUGCCAUAAGUGCCAGACGAAACUAGGUUUCUUUUCUUCUUGGGUGCAGUGCUCUUUGUGUGGCUCCACCAUUUGCGGCGGAUGCACGUUGAGCGGUGACGGCGGUCAAAAAAUGUGCCGCGAGUGCUACAAGCAUGUCAAAAUGCAUGGUUUUUAG